AUGCACAUAUUCACACAAUUGGCAAGAGGUUAUUCAUCAACACAACAUGAAGAACACAACGGUAACAAGAAAAUCGAGAAAAGGAGAAACACUCAUAGAACCAGAGCUAGUCUUCUGGAUUCCAACUCCGGAGAGGGGCUAAAUCCAAUUAUGCUUCAAUUCUUUCUUUUUCCCUUCUGUUUUCAUCUCUUUUUUUCUCCUUCCUUCUUCUGGACUGGAAGUUGGUUGUUGGUUAUUGAAUUUUUCUGUGUGCAUGUGGAUGUUGAUGAAGCUCAAAACGAGUUAGAGCUUCAAUUUGAAGCUCUAAUGGUUUAUUGA